AUGCUCAACGACAAAGUCUUUGCCAAAGAUAUCGCUGCUACAGCCAUAACCGGCAAGGACGCAUGGAACAGACCUUCACCCCAACCGAUAACUAUUUCUGUUAGUCUAGAUACCGAUUUUCACCAAGCGUCUGUGACUGACAACUUGAAGUACUCGUUGAACUAUGCUGUGAUUUCCAGAAACAUCUCUGAAUUCAUGAAAGCCAACGAACACAGAAACUUCAAGUCCUUAGGGAACAUCGCUGAAUCUGUAAGUGAAAUUGUUCUAGAUCAGAAGAAAGGAGGAGGAUCCAAAGCUGAAGUUGUAGUCAAAAGUGUCAAGUCUGAGAUCAGAGCUGACAGUGUUGAGUACAGGUUGAGCCGUUCUAAAACUGAUUCUGAACCAAUUCCUGAUGAAAUCGCCGUCAGAGGUUUACGUUUGCUUACAAUCAUUGGUGUUUUUACAUUUGAACGAUUCCAGAGACAGAUUGUAGAUAUAGAUUUGCAACUCAAGUUGCACAAGGAAUCAGACGUGUCUAUACAUGAGAUCAUAGAUGAUGUUGUUUCCUAUGUAGAGCUGUCGAACUUCAAGACUGUAGAAGCAUUGGUGAUGAAAAUUGGUCAGUUGAUCUUCCAGAACCACCAAAAAGGUGUAACCUCUGUAUUUGCUAAAGUAACCAAACCCAAUGCCAUCAGCUAUACCGAAGGAGUUGGAGUGUCUUCCUUGAUGACCAAGGCUUCUUUUGAGGGUGUAGAACCAAUUCCUAAGUCAGAUGGAUUUUCCACUCAUUUGCACCCUUCAGAAAAGUUCAAUCUUCCCACUGCUGCUGAAGAUGCCGAGAGUCAAGCUAACGAAGAGCACGUAGCAUAUAUAGCAUUUGGAUCCAAUGAAGGUUGCCAGGUAGAAAAUAUCCAGACAGCUUUGAAAUUGUUGGAAAAAUAUGGUGUAAAGGUUCAGUCCACUUCGUCGUUAUAUAUUUCCAAGCCUAUGUACUACUUGGACCAGCCAGACUUCUACAAUGGAGCUGUGAAGGUGACUUUUAAGAACAAAAGCCCACACGACUUGUUGGCCAUACUUAAGAAGAUAGAGUACGAAGACAUCAACCGAAAGAAAGAGUUCGACAAUGGUCCUCGUUCUAUAGAUUUGGAUAUAAUACUCUACGACGAUAUCAGUGUUAACCACGAAGACCUAAUUAUUCCUCAUAAGUUGAUGUUGGAAAGGACGUUUGUGUUGCAGCCCAUCUGUGAAUUAUUACCUCCAGACCAUAUUCACCCAGUCAGUGCUGAGCCUAUCCAUAACCAUCUUCUGCAGCUUCUCUUGAGUAAGCCCAACGAGUCUGUCCAAGAGUCAUCGGAUUUGUUGCAGUUAAUUCCGGUUCCGCGACUCGAUAACAAGGACACUAUCUUGAAGUUUGACCAGUUGAAGAAUCUGCACUCCACUUUAAUAAUGGGAAUUGUGAACAUAACACCAGACUCGUUUAGUGACGGAGGUGUGAACUUUUCCAAAUCUGUAGACGAGGUCUUGAAGACAGCAAAGAGUCUCAUUGGCGAUGGUGCACAUAUCUUGGAUAUAGGGGGUGUCUCUACUAGACCUGGCAGUAAGGAACCUACUGAAGAAGAAGAGUUGCGGAGAGUGGUGCCUCUUGUAAAGGCUAUAAGAGCUUCAUCAGAUAAACAAUUGUCGUCUUGUUUAAUUUCUGUAGACACUUACAGAGCCAAAGUGGCAGAAGAGUGUUUGAAAGCUGGUGCCGACAUCAUCAACGACAUUUCAAUGGGCUUAUAUGAGGAAGCUAUAUUUGAUGUAGUAGCAAAAUAUGGCUGUCCUUACAUUAUGAACCACACCCGGGGUACGGCUGCUACGAUGAGUAAGCUUACGAAUUACGAGUCCAACACUAACGAUGACAUCAUCGAAUAUCUAGUGGAUCCCAUUUUGGGCCAUCAGGAGUUAGAUUUGACGCCCGAAGUGAAUAACCUUAUCAACGGAGUUUCCCGCGAACUCAGCUUGCAGAUGCUCAAGGCGUUCGACAGAGGUGUGAGAAAAUGGCAGAUCAUUGUCGACCCCGGAAUCGGCUUUGCCAAAGACUUAUCGCAGAAUCUACAACUCAUCAAGCACGCUUCUCUUUUCAAGCAGUACUCGGUACAAGUGAACGUCGAUAUCAGCGAUAGCAAUCACCGUAAUGCUAGCAAUGGUAUCAAACAUAUGUAUGUCAGUUUCAAUGGCCUAGCUACUUUGUUGGGUACGUCUCGUAAAAAAUUCUUGGGCUCCAUUGUCAAUCAACCUGAGGCUUCCAAGCGUAUGGUCGCUACUGCAGCUUCAGUUAUAGCAUGCAUACAGCAGAAAACUGAUAUUGUCCGUGUACAUGAUGUCAAGGAUAUAAAGGAAGCUGUGUUAACGGGAGACGCUAUCUACAGAGAUCUGUACAAGAAAUCGUAAUAGCCUACUGUGGCUACCGUGACGAAUGGAGCAACGGAGCGACUAGAUAGUCCAGAAUGCCACUAUAUAAUCGUACCUUGGUGAUAUCUAGUUGACGGAUGUCUCGAUAUUAGAACUGGUGACUUUAUAGUACCAAAUAAUUCCAUUGUCUAGCAAAUAACUUAUCUACGAAAUAAUCUG